GAAAUUUACAUACAGAGUGUACCUAAACGGAAUGCUCCCGACAAACGCAGACAGGUGAUGAACUAUCAUAGUUUAGAAGUAAAUAUUUAGACACAAAAAGAAACCAGAGAUAAUGCUUUCAUCAUAAAAACGAAGUAUGUGACAACAGCUCCAAACGAAGAAACCAGUAGUUUUACAUUAAAAAACAAAAAAAAAACACCGCUCUUAUAAAACGAAAAAAAAAGAACAAAAACUAAAAAGUGCUCGUGAGUGGAAAAACAAUGGAUUUUUAAGUCGAAAAAAGUCGUGUGAUUGAAUCGGGUUUUUUCAAAAAGCGACAGUUAAUUUCAAAAUGCUUACAAUGUCUACUUUAAUGAUGCCAGCUGCCACUAUGACUACGAUGACUAACGCUGGGCCUAUCCCGGUCGCGGCUGCUACUAAACUAGAGCCCAAGUUGCUCCAACUGCCCCACCCUGCACUGGUUCCUCAGAUGCCUCAACAACAGCCACAGCCCCAUCAUCACCAGCACCCACAUAGCAACAAUAAAGUCGGAUGGGAGGAUUUGCGUCGUCAGGGCCAUAAUUGGGGCCAACACGGAUUGUCAGUCCAAGAGCACUACCACAUUUUCGUGGGAGACCUUAGUCCUGAAAUCGAGACACAGAGCCUGCGGGAUGCCUUCGCGCCGUUUGGAGAGAUUUCUGACUGUCGCGUAGUCCGCGACCCACAGACUCUGAAGUCAAAAGGAUACGGAUUCGUGUCAUUUUUGAAAAAAUCGGAGGCUGAAUCAGCCAUAACAUCAAUGAACGGCCAGUGGCUCGGGUCCCGGUCGAUCCGCACCAACUGGGCUACGCGCAAACCACCAGCGCCGAAGAAUGAGUUAAACUCGAAACCGUUGACCUUCGAUGAAGUCUACAACCAGAGCUCUCCAACCAAUUGCACGGUGUACUGCGGGGGCCUGACCACCGGCCUCACUGAGGAGCUGAUGCAGAAGACGUUCCAGCCCUUCGGAACUAUCCAGGAGAUCCGUGUCUUCAAGGACAAGGGUUAUGCUUUCAUACGAUUCUCAACCAAGGAAAGCGCGACGCAUGCUAUCGUGGCCGUUCACAAUACUGACGUCAAUGGCCAGCCGGUCAAGUGCUCGUGGGGCAAGGAGUCAGGGGACCCCAACAACGCCCAGGCUCAAGGACAAAUCCCCACAGCCUACAGCCCAUUCGGCGCGACCUACACAGGCGGUGUUCCCCCAACCUCAUAUUGGUACAACACCUAUCCGCAGCAGCUGGGAGGAUUCCUCCAAGGCGUGCAGGGGGUGCAGGGAUACACCUACGCUGGACAGGCGUUCGCGGGCUACCAGCAGCAGUAUAUGGGCAAGGAGUACAACCAGUGGGCUAAUACGAAUGCCUGUUCCAGCAUGGGGGGUGUCCAGCUACCAUGGGCCUUGGGGGCCGGAGUGGGAGGCGUGGGGUCAGUUGGUGGGGUCGCCGCUAUGUCCCAGCCCCCACAGGUCUUGCAUUACCCUGUGCAACAUUUCCAAGUUCAACCGAUCGGUGAAGACGAGUGGCUUGCUCCAAGCCUCCUUGUGUGAGGUCGAAACCAUCAGUCAAUAGGAACCUGUUGUUGUGUGCAUAAAGACUGGACAUAACUCACUCAUCCUACGUUUAAUUAGUCUCUCUAAUUUUUUGAGUCUGUUUCUCAAAUUUAUUGAGUCUGUUCCUCUAAUUUUUUGAGUCUAUUUCUCAAAUUUUUUGAG